AUGGCAAAACACUACAAAGUUCUCUUUCUAGUCCUCUCCAUCUCCUACCUCUUCUCAGGGGAGCUCACUGCCGCCGCCACAGAGACUACCACCACCAAAAAGGCCCUAAGCUUCAUCAAAUCCUCUUGCAAAACCACAACGUACCGAUCCUUGUGCGUCCACUCUCUCUCCACUUAUGCCAAUACGAUCCAAACAAACCCUCAACGCCUCAUAAAAACCGCUUUAUCAGUGACCAUGAAACACGCCCAGUCCACCAAGCUCUUAGCCUCGCACCUAAAGAAUAGCCAGUUCCGGACCCUUCAGGACUGUGCACCGAGCCCGGACGUUUACACUACUGACCGUCUGACCGAAGCGAUCCUGGAGCUGAAGCUUUCUGACAGUGAGAGUGGUCAAAGUCAGUUUUUGUUUCACGUGAGCAAGGCGCAAGCGUUGUUCAUUUCGGCUUCGGAUGACUGGGAGGUGGAGAACACUUGCUCAGGCCGGUUCUCGAGGACGACGAAGUCAGUCCAAGCACGGCUAGUUAACUUGCGCAAGGAAACAAGCAAUGUCAUGUCUUUGUUUAAUGCAUUUGCUAAGGAGCACUAGUGGUUACGACUUCUUUUGUUUAGCGAAAACAUCCUCAACAUAUGCUGAUUUGGCAUGAGAAGAACAGUAAUAAAGUACUCUUGAAAGGAAACACGAGCUAGGAAUCCUAGGUAAAAAAAAAUGUUUUUAUUUUUUACACAACAUGCAUACUCAUAUUCGAUUUUACAUGUUCUUUGGGAACUUUUCUACCUAUAUGUAAACCUCGGGAAUGUUAAAAAUAAAUA